AUGAAUUUGGAAUUUGAGAGGGAGAUGGGGUUUAUAAACAGCCAGCCUUCUCUCGCCGAGUGCCUGACGCGUCUCCCCGCUGUCCUGGAGACGUUUCAAACUCCAUCAAUCACGGCCCCGACAUUCAUUCCUCCUCCUUUCGAGCUUCUCCAAAGCCUCCGUCCUUCUUCCGGCAGCCGGGAGAGAGCCGGGAGCCAAAAAAGAGAAUUUCGGGGUCCGGCACCGCAGCCCGGCCCCGGGGCGGCCGAAUUUCCUUGGAUGAAGGAGAAGAAAUCGUCCCGGAGAAGCGGCCAGGCUCCGUUUUCUUCAUCUUCAUCAUCAUCAUCUUCAUCAUCUUCAUCCUCCUCGCUGCUCGCCGCGGGAUUUCCAGCAGACCCGGACAGCACCAACAACUCCCGGAGACUCCGCACCUCCUACACCAACACUCAGCUGCUGGAGCUGGAGAAGGAAUUCCACUUCAACCAAUACCUGUGCCGGCCUCGCCGGGUGGAGAUCGCGGCUUUGUUAGACCUGAGCGAGCGCCAGGUCAAGGUUUGGUUCCAGAACCGCCGCAUGAAGCGCAAAAAACAAACCCGGCACGCGGUGCUGGAUGAGAACGGCGAACCCGAGCGUUUGGCGACCAAACAGAGCCCCGUGGCCAGCGUGGAGAGGCCCGUGGUGGCCACCGGGGAGGGGCGCGGGUCAGGGGAGAGGCCGCGGGGGUUUGGGAUCCUCGCCGAGGAGGAGCUGGAAUUGUUGGGGAGCGCGAUCUGGAGCGCGGAGCUGCGGCUGGAAUGGGAAGAGCGGCAGGAGAGAGAGGAAAAGGAGGUUUGGGGGUGCUGGUAG